GAUCUGCUCUCCCUAUACUCCCCUUAAACCCCUCCCUGUCUGAUCUCCUCAAAACCUGCUCAGUUAUUUUAUUUUUGUGCUUUGUGUUAGAGGGUAUGGUUUUAAAGGGCCACAUUAUAAAUUAUUCUGACACCCACAUACAUCUAUCUGUUGUCCUUGAGUGUUUGAAUUACCCUCACACCUAUAAGCACCAAUAUAUGAAGCCAUUGCAAUAAAAAACGUAAUCUACAGAUCGCUCUGAUGGUCUGUACUGGUUCCGACAAAAGCCCUGAGUGAUAUUUUGUGGUUUCCCUGGUGACUGUGAAUUUGCACUCUACUCUUUGCUCCUCCCCUGAGAGUGUCCCCUUCAGUGACAUCAGCACUGACAUGCUCUCAUGGGUGGGUUGAUUCAGGUCAUGUGUGGACUUUGUGACAGAGAAGCCUCUUCCUUAAAGGGACACUGAACCCAAUUUUUUUCUUUCCUGAUUCAGAUAGAGCAUUACAUUUUAAGCAACUUUCUAAUUUACUCCUAUUAUCAAAUUUUCAUAAUUCUCUUGGUAUCUUUAUUUGAAAUGUAAGCUUAAAUGCCGGCCCAUUUUUGGUGAACAACCUAGGUUGUCCUUGCUGAUUGGUGGAUAAAUUCAUCCACCAAUCAAAAACUGCUGUCCAGAGUACUGAACCAAGAAAAAAGCUUAGAUGCCUUUUUUUCAAAUAAAGAUAUCAAGAGAAUGAAGAAAAAUUGAUAAUAGGAGUAAAUUAGAAAGUUGGUUAAAAUUGCAUGCUCUAUCUGAAUCACAAAAGAAAACAUUUGGGUUCAGUGUCCCUUUAACAUAACUGACCUUUGACCUUGCAUGUUGGCAUUUCAUGUGUGAUGGGCGGCUGUGUCUCAUCCUCCAGUCUUGGCAUAUCAUUUAUUUAAAGGGACAGGGUGCACCACUGUGUAGUAAUGCUGGACAGCUCUUGGUAUUCUUCUCUGCAAUAUCUCAUCUCUCUAUUGCUUAUUGUAGUAGUGGGGAAUUGCCCUGCUGUUUGCCAGUAGCCACCGCUCCUAAAAUGUUACUUCUGACUUCUUUUUGAAUUAUUUAACGUAUUAGUAAAUUCCUUGCCCUGAGAUUCAUUAAACUGAAGGCCAUGGACUCAGUAUGUCUGCGUAUUGCAGAGGUGCUGCCCUUGGGGACAAGUACCACCCGCAGUAUAAUGGUCACACUACUGCUCUCAGUGCACAGAAUGACUUAUCUGCAUAGUUUUUAGCAAACCUGCUUAUUUUAGCUGUUCCAGUGACCCCCUCAUUCCAACAUGGUACCUGCUCGGAUUGAUUCCUGGUCAUCUGGGGUUCAGCGUUUGUAAUCCUAUAAAUAAUAGUAAAACUAAAGGGUUAAUCAGAAGCUGCAACUAGACUUCCUCAUGGGGAUAUGUUAGCCGCCCGAUGAUGGUGUUUGGUGUAUACUGUUCCCUUUAUAUAACUGCAGGUAAUAAAACCUUUUAAAAACGUACUUAGAAGCUCCCAGUUUAGUGCUGUUGAUGAGGUUGACUGGAACAAUCAGUGGAAGGGGCUGGGAAAACAAGAAGAGCAGACCACCCCCCGACAGAUUAUACAAGCAGGAGCCACCAGGAGUCUGUAAACGCAUGGAUACAUCUGGCACUGUGGGGCUUGGUUAGGAGUCUGAAAGUCAUCACAAUGUUAUAAUAAUAAUAAAAACUCUCCCAAAUGGGCUGUAUAAAGGGAUCAUCUACAGAACAUUUAUGCACAGAGAAAUCUAGUGUACAAUGUCCCUUUAAUAAAACCAAAUCCACCAGUUGCCCAAAGCUUUGAAGUGAAAUGUGCAAACAUUCAGCACUUUGGCUGCUGGUCACCUGAUCCAUUUAGCAGCAUCAACUGGUUGUUUAUUCGCCAGCUCAGACGUUACUGGGGCCCUGAUAUGGUGACAGUUGGGAAAGACCAACAUGGGGGAGGGGAACCGUUUCAGUGAUGUCGGGUGUUAUUUUGUAGUUGCUAUGGCAACCUUGUACCUGAUGUCUGGAGGUCCUACAUUCACCUGUGGCUUAUUGAACGCUGUUUUACACACGUGUGGUACAAAUAAACGCGGGGCUGGCGCCAUUUCACUCUCCACAAGGUCAUUGCCACUGUGAGGAAGAUGUCUACACAAAACUAACAUUUAACCCUACAAAGAAAUUUAGGGAUAAAUUAGAGGAUAUUUUAACCCUGGGUAAACAAGUAGGAGCUUUUUCAGAGUCAUUUUUUGAAACAUUACUACCAUCCACACCUUAUACUCCAAUUUUUUAUUUUGUACCAAAAUUACACAAGGACAGCAAAGAGCCACCAGGCCGACCAAUCAUCUCAGGGGUGGGUUCGUUACUUGAACCCCUGUCUGAGUUGGUAGACUCGUAUCUCCAACCUUUAGUUGGAAACCUGAUGAGUUAUAUCAAGGACUCCACGGAUGUCCUUCAACAUAUGAACAACUUAACAUGGAAAGAAACAUAUUGUCUAAUGACAAUAGAUGUCACUGCAUUGUAUACCUCUAUCCCACACCACCAGGGGUUGGAGGCUCUGUCAUAUUUUUUGAAUAAUUUUUCUAAUUAUAAUAAAGAUAUUGUUUAUUUCCUUUUGACGGCAGUAGAAUUUCUUUUAACACACAAUUUAUUUUCUUUUUGAGGGACAUUGCUAUCUUCAGAGACGUGGUACGGCCAUGGGGGCAAAGUUUGCCCCCUCCUACGCUAACCUCUAUAUGGGGUGGUGGGAGGCCGCCCACGUCUAUGGAGAUAGCAACCCUCACAAGGAACAUAUAAUUUUUUAUGGCAGAUACAUUGACGACUUGCUGGUGGUGUGGGAUGGAGAUGUGGAACUUGCAAGAGAUUUUGUUAGCAACAUUAACAUUAACAAUAUGAACCUCAAAUUUACUUCACAUGUUAGUCUUGAUCAUAUAGAGUUUCUAGAUGUAGACAUCACAGUGGAUACAGUACAACAAACUGUUAACACUUCAGUAUAUAGAAAACCCACAGGAGGUAAUACUAUACUAAAUUACAAAUCUAGUCACCCACAACAUGUUAAAAAAGGAAUUCCUAAGGGACAGUAUAUUAGGACCAAGAGACUUUGCUCAGACAGACAAACCUUUGAAAAACAAUGCCAAAUAUUAGAAGACAGGCUCUUGCAAAGAAACUAUCCACUGCCAUUGCUGAAAAAAACCAAGGAAGAUGUGGAAAAAAUUCCCAGGGAAAAUCUUUUGAUAUAUAAGCGUAAAACUAAUAAACAAAGUUUCAACAAACAAAAUAAACAAAGGGAGAGUAAAAUAGUGUUCAGUACUCCUUAUAGUUUGGAAUAUCACAAAAUUUGUGAUAUUAUUAAACAAUCUUUACCAAUUCUUGCAACAGACACAAGCUUAGAACAUAUAGCAGUAGAGGGGUGUAGAUAUGUGGCAAGAAAAAGUAAGACAAUUGGCAACAUAAUAGCACCAUCUGACUUAGCAAGUGUAAACACUCGUACUUGGCUCCCACAAAGAUUUGGUUUUUUUAAGUGCAGGGCACAAAAGUGCAAAACCUGCAGUCAUGUAGUGGAAGGAAUGAACUUUACUUCCACAACAACAAACCGUACAUAUAACAUUAGAUAUAAUCUAAACUGUAAAUCGAAUCAUGUCAUCUAUUUAUUGACCUGUAGGGGGUGCAAUAUACAAUAUGUCGGGAAAACCAAACGCCUUGUUAGGGACAGAGCCCAGGAACACAUUAGGGACAUUGAAGACCCAGACAUAUUUACCCCAGUAGCAAGACACUUCAAGUCUGAACAUUCCGGUAAUGCUGCCCUUAUGUUCAUACAGGCAAUUGACCAUGUACCACCACAUAAAAGGGGUGGUGAUAGGAUCCAAAGGCUGGACUAUAAGGAAGCCCAAUGGAUCUUUCUACUGAAUACAAGACAUCCACAUGGCAUUAACAAAGAGAGUGAUGUUAAUUUUUUUAUUUAAUUUUUUCAUUUAAUUACCUUUAAAAUUUAUUUAAAAUUUAUUUGAAAACUCUCUUUGUGUGCUGACAUGUAUUUGUCUGCCUAAUAACAAAUAUCAGGGAUGUAAAUAAAACAAAAUAGUUAAUUGAACACCUAACUGCAUCACAUUACAUAGAGGUUUACACUAUUAACAACCAAAGAAUAAUUAUAUAAAUAUCAGUGUUUGAAUAGCCAAUAUAACUUUAAUUCCUUUUCCUUCUUCAAAUUUUGUAAUACAUUGGUAAUAUUAACAGUAAAAAAAGGGAAAACAAGGGACUAUAUUUAUAUAUAUAUAUAUAUAGGCUUUAUAAACAAACAUAUUUUCAUUUAGGUUUAUGUUUAGGUAACUUUCCUAAUCAUCACUUAUCUUUAUGUUAAUAUAUCUGCAAUCAGUGUUCCCUCUAUUGUUCCCUCUAUUGUGCCCUCACAGCCUGACAAUAAUACGGUAUAUUUCAAAACUAAUAUGACAUUAAGGGGUUAACUUUUUUGUUUUUAAUUGAAGAGUGUUGUUCCUUUAAAUAGGAGUAGCAGUGGCAGCAAUAACAUAGCAGUGAACAAGUGUGCUAAGACACACGAAACAUGUCUGCUGUGCUGCACUGUUACCCCUUUAUUGUCAGUGUAAGCGUUUGUUAGAGCUAUGGCUCUUUUUUGCUUUUAAGUGUUUUUUGAAUAAAGCCUUUUUACUUUUAUUCACCUUUGUACUGUCCCCCAUCUUUACUUGAGGACUUAGUAGGUUUGUAGCCCUGCAGCCGCAACAAACUCUUGUAUACUGUCAUUGCCACUGUCACUUGACUUCAGGGAGAAGCUUAGAUCACACUUUAUUUGCAUUUAAAGGAAAAUGAAACCCAACAUUUUUUAUUUCAGUGUUUCUCAACCGUAGCCCUCUAGUACCCAAAACAGACCAGGUUUUCAUUAUAGCUGAAGCAGUGCACAGGUGAAGUAACCAUGGUUACUAACCUGCUCUCACCCAUCAGCUGAUUAUUUCACCUGUGAAUGAAAACCUAGUCUGUUAGGGGUACUUGAGGGCCGCGGUUUAGAAACAACUUAAGUAAAUAACUUCUAUUAUCAAUUUUUCUUCCUUCAAUUACUAUCUUUUGUUGAAAAGCAGGGCCAUUUCUGGAGCGCUAUAUGGCAGCAGGUGUGUAAGAAUGUUAUCCAUUUGCAGGAGCACUAGAUGGCAGCAGGUGUGUAAGAAUGUUAUCCAUUUGCAGGAGCACUAGAGGGCAGCAGGUGUGUAAGAAUGUUAUCCAUUUGCAGGAGCACUAGAGGGCAGCAGGUGUGUAAGAAUGUUAUCCAUUUGUAGGAGCACUAGAGGGCAGCAGGUGUGUAAGAAUGUUAUCCAUUUGCAGGAGCACUAGAGGGCAGCAGGUGUGUAAGAAUGUUAUCCAUUUGUAGGAGCACUAGAGGGCAGCAGGUGUGUAAGAAUGUUAUCCAUUUGUAGGAGCACUAGAUGGCAGCAGGUGUGUAAGAAUGUUAUCCAUUUGCAGGAGCACUAUAUGGCUGCAGGUGUGCAAGAAUGUUAUCCAUUUGCAGGAGCACUAGAGGGCAGCAGGUGUGUAAGAAUGUUAUCCAUUUGCAGGAGCACUAUAUGGCUGCAGGUGUGCAAGAAUGUUAUCCAUUUGCAGGAGCACUAGAGGGCAGCAGGUGUGUAAGAAUGUUAUCCAUUUGCAGGAGCACUAGAGGGCAGCAGGUGUGUAAGAAUGUUAUCCAUUUGCAGGAGCACUAGAUGGCAGCAGGUGUGUAAGAAUGUUAUCCAUUUGCAGGAGCACUAGAGGGCAGCAGGUGUGUAAUAAUGUUAUCCAUUUGCAGGAGCACUAGAUAGCAGCAGGUGUGCAAGAAUGUUAUCCAUUUGCAGGAGCACUAGAGGGCAGCAGGUGUGUAAGAAUGUUAUCCAUUUGCAGGAGCACUAGAUGGCAGCAGGUGUGUAAGAAUGUUAUCCAUUUGCAGGAGCACUAGAUGGCAGCAGGUGUGUAAGAAUGUUAUCCAUUUGCAGGAGCACUAGAUGGCAGCAGGUGUGUAAGAAUGUUAUCCAUUUGCAGGAGCACUAGAUGGCAGCAGGUGUGUAAGAAUGUUAUCCAUUUGCAGGAGCACUAGAGGGCAGCAGGUGUGUAAGAAUGUUAUCCAUUUGCAGGAGCACUAGAUGGCAGCAGGUGUGUAAGAAUGUUAUCCAUUUGCAGGAGCACUAGAUGGCAGCAGGUGUGUAAGAAUGUUAUCCAUUUGUAGGAGCACUAGAGGGCAG